CUCUGAAGCGGCCUCUGGCUGGCGCUGGGGCCCCCAGUGAUGAUCCAGAGAGUCUGCCGGCGGCUGCAGCAGCUCCUCCUCCCCCGUCCUCCUCCUCCUCUGGGCCUCGGCCUCGGCUUCCCGCGGCCCCCACCACAGCGAGCGGGACAUGGGGGUCCUCAGCCUGACGGAGCAGACGCCGCUGGUCCAAGCUAUCUUUAACAGAGAUCGUGAAGAGGUCCGAUUGUUAAUUAAUGAAAAUGAAGAUAUCAACGGAUUGGAUCAGGACAAGCGCACCCCGCUCCACGCUGCUGCUUACCUCGGUGAUGUCCAGAUAAUAGACGUCCUUAUUCAGUCCGGUGCUAAUGUGAACGCCAAGGACAACACCUGGCUGACCCCAUUGCAUCGAGCUGCAGCUUCCCGCAAUGAGAGAGCCGUUAACACGUUGCUGAAGCAUUCUGCUGAUGUCAAUGCCCGGGACAAGCACUGGCAGACGCCGCUCCAUGUCGCUGCUGCUAACAAAGCCACAAAAUGCACGGAGCUCCUGAUCCCACUACUGAGCAGUGUGAAUGUCUCUGACCGCACAGGGAGAACGGCUCUGCACCACGCAGCCUACAGCAGCCACGUGGAGAUGGUUCAUUUGCUGUUGAAUAAAGGAGCUGCUGUCGGUGCCUGUGACAAGAAGGAACGUCAGCCCAUUCACUGGGCUGCGUAUACAGGACACUUGGACGUGGUGAAGCUGCUGUCCUCGCGAGGGGCCGAUGUGACGUGUAAGGACAAGAAAGGUUACACCCCCCUCCACGCUGCUGCCUCGAACGGACAAGUCGAUGUGGUGAAAUACCUUCUGAAGCUCGGGGUGGAGAUCGAUGAACCAAACGCCUAUGGGAACACUGCCCUCCACAUUGCCUGUUACACUGGACAAGAUGCAGUGGCCAACGAGCUGGUGAACUACGGGGCGAAUGUAAACCAGCCAAACGAGAAAGGUUUCACACCGCUGCACUUUGCUGCUGUCUCGACGAAUGGUGCGUUAUGUCUCGAGCUCUUGGUCAAUAACGGAGCGGACGUGAAUAUUCAGAGCAAGGAUGGGAAGAGCCCGCUGCACAUGGCUGCAAUCCAUGGCAGGUUUACACGAUCACAGAUUCUCAUCCAGAACGGUGGAGAGAUCGACUGUGCAGAUAAAUAUGGCAAUACUCCUUUACAUGUUGCUGCUAGAUAUGGUCACGAGUUACUCAUCAGUACGUUAAUGACUAAUGGUGCUGACACAGCACGACGUGGAAUCCACGGUAUGUUUCCUCUGCACCUGGCUGUGCUUUACGGGUUUUCAGAUUGCUGCCGCAAGUUACUCUCAUCAGGUCAAAUGUACAGCAUUGUGUCAUCGUUCAGCAACGUGCAUGUGCUGUCUGCAGGCUUUGACAUAAAUACCCCAGAUGACCUCGGAAGGACCUGCCUUCAUGCUGCUGCUUCAGGAGGGAAUGUUGAAUGUUUAAACUUGCUGCUCAGCAGUGGUGCGGAUUUAAGGAGGGAGGAUAAGUUUGGAAGGUCUCCACUGCACUACGCAGCCGCCAAUGGCAGUUACCAGUGUACAGUUACUUUAAUAACUGCUGGAGCCAGUAUCAUUGCAACAGACGGGAGGGGCUGUACCCCUCUGCACUACGCAGCUGCCUCGGAGGCAUUCAGAAGGAGUGACCACCCCACAAGUAGUCACGAGCGUGAUGAAGUCAUAAAGGAAACCCAAGAGAAGGAGGCCGCUUUCUGUUUGGAGUAUUUACUGGACACUGGUGCUGACCCGUCGAUUCAGGACAAGCAAGGUUACAGUGCAAUACACUACGCAGCCGCACACGGGAACAAGCAGAACUUGGAACUGCUCAUUGAGUCGAUGUUUGACUGCCUGAAUGAAGCAGAGAGUGUCAUCCCAGUGAGCCCUUUGCACUUGGCUGCUUACAACGGCCAUCAUGAAGCUCUGAAAGUGCUGGUGGAAACGUUGGUGAACCUCGAUGUGAGAGAUCGAGCUGGCCACACGCCGCUGUACAUAGCAGCUCAGCAAGGGCACAUGGACUGUGUGGAGGUCCUAACCAGGCACGGAGCGUCCGUUCUGGUCAAGGACCGGCUAACCAAAGGAACUUCACUUCACGUUGCAGCUGCAAAUGGCCGCACUGACUGUUUGCACUUGUUGAUCGACAGCAUGGAGGAGGCAGAGGUACUGGACACCAUGGACGCCCAAGGCCAGACUCCGCUGAUGCUUGCUGUGACUAACGGCCACGUGGACUGCAUCGACCUGCUGCUGGAGAAAGGUGCUGCAGCCGAUGCUGCUGACAAGAGGGGGAGGACGGCCCUGCACCGAGGGGCGGUCCAGGGGUGUGACGAUUGCGUGGCAGCUCUGCUCGAUCACCAGGCGUUCGUCCUGUGCCGCGACGUGAGAGGCCGGACACCCCUGCACUUGGCUGCGGCCUGUGGACACACUGGCAUCCUGGGGAUAUUGCUGCAGGCAGCGCUUUCCAUGGAUCCACUGGAGUCACUUCAGGAUUACUGCGGCUACACUCCUUUACACUGGGCUUCUUACAAAGGUCACGAAGACUGUUUGGAAUUACUACUUGAACACAAAUUGUUUAACCUCCAGGACGACCCUUUCAGUCCAUUGCACUGUGCUGUAAUCAAUGGUCACAAUGGAGCAGCAGAAAUCUUGAUCGACAUCCUGGGUGCCAAGAUUGUCAAUAGCAACGAUGCCAAAGGAAGAACUCCGCUGCACGCAGCUGCUUUCUCCAACCACGUGCAGUGCCUGCAGAUGCUGCUAAGUCACAGGGCGCAAGUCAAUGCGACUGACCGAACAGGGAGGACGCCACUUAUGAUGGCAGCAGAACAUGGGCACACCAAGAUCGUAGAAGUACUGCUACACAGAGCGAGCGCUGAUCUGACACCACACGAUGUCAACAAAAAUACUGCUCUUCACCUGGCCUGUAGCAAGGGCCACGAAAUGUCUGCCUUGCUGAUUCUUGGGGCGAUUUGUGACCCCGGCCUUAUUAAUGCCACUAAUGGUGCCCUGCAAAUGUAA